AUGUCUGCUGUUGCCCAGCACUGCACUGGGUCCUGGGGCAAUUGCAGGCCUUCCCAUUCGCGUGGCAAGACCAAGCUGACGGUGUUCCGUGGCCCCCUGAACCCAUGCUCUGUGGAGGAGAAAGAGAUGGCGACCAGCUCUGUCUGGAGGCGCCAGGCCCGCCCAAAAGCGACAUGGCUAUUCGGUGGCCCUUCUCCAUCAAUAGGGCUGUCCCCCUCUUCCACUGUGGAGCUGGUGCCCAUCUUCCCACAUGUCUGCCCAUCUGCUCUCCCCCCUCCUAUUGGGAAAGGUUGGAUAGACAAACGGAUACCCAAUUGUAAGAUCUUUUUAAAUAAUUCCUUUGCUCUGGACUCAACGUGGAUAUAUCCUGAGGAAUCAAGAUUGUUCCAUGGGUAUGAAAAGCCUCAUUUAUUGGCAAAUCAAGUAGCUGUGUCUCUGUCCAGGCCAGCACCUGCCUCCAGGCCUCUUCCCACAGUGGUGUUAGCACCUCAGCCUAUACCAGGUGGUUGCCACAACAGCCUUAAGCCCGUCGGCAGCAGCCCCGCCAUCGCCAUCGCCGCCGCUGCCGCAGCCAUGGUCUCUGUGGACGCUGAGGGACUUGGGGGCCCCUCCCCCUCCAGUGCGCAGCCCUGCCACUUCCUGACGCUGGCACCCAUCAAGAUACCCCUGCGGACUGUCCCCUUCCCUGAGAAAAGCAGGGACCGGGUCCGCACGCCCCGCCCUCCUGCCCUGAUGCUGCGAGCGGAGAGGAAGAGCCCGGCCAGGGACGAAGGGCAUAAGAAGCUCGGUGGUGGAAGGUGCGUGGUCUGGACGGGCGAUGACCGGGUUUUCUUCUUCAACCCCACGAUGCAGCUGUCCGUGUGGGAGAAGCCCGUGGACCUGGAGCACCGCGGGGACCUCAACAGGAUCCUCGAGGACCCGCCGCACAAGCGCAAGCUGGAGGCCUCGGCCGCCGAGCACAGCGACGGGUCGGGCUCCGAAGACGGCCUGGAAGACCCGAACGUGAAAACCAAGAGGAACCGGACCGAAGGCCAGGUGAGCCCUGGCCCAGAGGAGGCGGAGAGAGAGGACAAGGGCACCAGGACGCCACCGCCGCCCCAGAUCCUCCUGCCGCUGGAGGAGCGGGUGACCCACUUCCGAGACAUGCUCCUGGAGAGAGGGGUGUCAGCGUUUUCUACGUGGGAGAAAGAAUUGCAUAAGGUCGUGUUUGAUCCCCGCUACCUCCUGCUGAACUCCGAGGAACGGAAACAGAUAUUUGAACAGUUUGUCAAGACGAGGAUAAAAGAGGAAUACAAGGAAAAGAAAAGCAAAUUGCUGCUAGCCAAAGAAGAAUUCAGGAAACUUCUGGAGGAGUCGAAGGUGUCGCCCAGGACCACAUUCAAGGAGUUUGCUGAGAAGUAUGGCCGGGACCAGAGAUUUCGACUUGUUCAAAAAAGGAAGGACCAAGAGCACUUUUUCAACCAAUUCAUCCUUUCGCUUAAGAAACGGGACAAGGAAAACAGACUCAGGCUGCGGAAAAUGAGAUGA